GGCGAAACUUGAACGACAAACGUUUGACUAGCAUGACCACUGCCACGACCGAGAAACCGUUCACGGUCUCCGUCCCGGACGAAGACCUCGACCAACUGCGCAAGCGGCUUGAGCUCGCGCGGUUCCCAGACGAGCUUGACGACGCGGGGUGGGAGUACGGCGCGCCACUCGCAGACGUCCGCCGUCUGGCUGCGUACUGGAAGGACGGCUUCGACUGGCGCAAGGCGGAGGCGGGAAUCAACGCGCUGCCGCAGUUCACGCGCGAUAUCGACGUGGAGGGCUUUGGGGCGCUGAAUGUGCAUUAUGUGCACAAGAGAAGCGACGUCACGGAGAAUGCGGUCCCGCUGCUCUUCAUUCAUGGAUGGCCAGGGCACUUCCUCGAGGUUAGGAAGCUGCUGCCGCUCUUGACUGCCGGCAAGCCGGAUGAGGCGAGCUUUCAUGUUAUCGCGCUGAGCCUGCCUGGCUUCGGGUUCUCCGAGGCACCGAAGAAGAAAGGGUUUGCUUCGAAACAAUACGCUGAAGUAGCAAACAAGCUGAUGGUCAGCCUCGGAUACGACAACUACGUCGUCCAGGGAGGAGACUGGGGACACUAUAUUGCUGGAUAUCUAUCCACCCAUUACGCCCACGCCCACGUCAAAGGCUGGCUCACCAACUACACGAAUGCCACUGCCCCCAAGUUCUCCGCCUCGCCCUGGCUGUACCUCACGCGCCUCAUUACGCCGUACACCAGGCGCGAGAAGGAGGCAUGGGCGCGGUCGCAGGUGUUCAGGUCGAAGGGCUCGGGGUACUCGCACGAGCAGGCCACGCGGCCACAGACUCUCGGAUACAGUCUCGCAGACUCGCCGGUGGGUCUCUUGGCGUGGAUCUACGAGAAGCUUGUCGAGUGGACGGAUGGGUACCCGUGGACGGACGAUGAAGUGCUGGAGUGGGUGUCUGUCUACUGGUUCUCGCGCGCAGGGCCGGGCGCAUCUGUGCGGAUCUACAAGGAGAUGACGGGUGGGUUUGAGCGGCCGGCUAUCGAGGGCGUGAAGUGGACGUCGAUUCCGCUCGGAUUCGCGUACUUCCCCAAGGAACUGAACAGGGUGCCGAGAAAGUGGCUGCAGACGCUGGGCAACAUCGUGUUCGAAUCAGAGCAUGAGCACGGCGGGCACUUCGCUGCGCACGAGCACCCAGAGGAGCUUGCGGACGAUGUCAAGAGGAUGUUCGGCAAGGGCGGACCUGCGUUCGGUGUCGUUCCGGGGAAGAACGGGUAUGCGUAAGGAAUGGGUAGACGUUCGCUCACUCUGUGGAGGUCCCGACGGCCGGUGCUGCCUACGAUAUGCAAUCUUCAUAUCUUACAGGGACAUCAGCAAAGUUAAACACGUCUC